AGAGAUAGCGUUCUGUCUUAACCAGCGAGGUACACGGUUCUUAGGUUAUUUAACCCAUUGUCAGAUUUUGACAGUUUUUAAUGUCAUCGAAUUAAAGUCGAAAUAGUUUAUUAGUACCUUAAAACAGACCACGAAUGCUUUUUUCUACAUUUAACGGAAUACGGGAAAAUAUUUUGACUUCUUGCUACGUGCUGUAUGAUUAGCUUCCCAAUAAUACACUUAUGUCUACAAUUCACAAACAUCAAAACCAAAGAAGUCUGCAGAACAGGCACAGAACGCAUUUCGAAAACGCGUGUGCUUCGAUCUUUUGUUUCAUACAUAUAUAAUUCGACAGAGCUUAAUAAUAACUUGAGGCAGCCACUUAGGACGACUUCUGCACGCUACUGGACGUGCGUAGUGCGAGUACACUGAUUCCGGUUUUCUGGAAAGACCUUAAACAUAACUGUUUUACAUUUAUUUCUCAACAAUCAUAUCCCAUAGCAAUAUGCAAAAGAACAGUCAAUGUAAACUUUAUAACAUUUCUCCAUUCGGAUUUCAUCGAGGUCGCCCAAACUAACAGAUAAGCGCUUGUCUGUACCUUCAACUUGCCCUUCGCAUCUGCCUCGAGUUUCAACAGCUUGCCUGAAGCAGACUGUAUCAAAAUAAGAAGUGAUGAUUUUACCUGCAGUGGGGGGGAGUAUAUAUCAAGUGAAAGUCAGAACUGUUAACAAGUUAACAAAACAGAAUUGUGGGUUUUCAAUAUAAGGAACUGACAUGCAUAUAAUUUGAAGAAUAAAAUGUUAACACCAAAAGACAUACUUACAAUUAAUGCACUUUAAAAGAGGGUUAAAAUUAAGGGUUGUAGUAUAAAACAUGAAGAGUAGGGGGAAAUUAUAACCAGAGUUGUGGGGAAGAAGUGGGGAUAGGGCUGAAAAGUGUUCUCAAGGACUAAAACUCACUUUAUUUCUCAUUCCUUAUUUUGAAGUGAAGAAGAUACUGGCAUCACAAAGAGGCUGCUGAAUUCUUAGUGUCUCGACCUGGACUAUAUGUCGCGCGUGUGAUUAUUAAGUAAUGUGCUGUUAUAUGGGAUGCAACGGAGUCUGUAAACUCAUCGCCUCUCGCUGUAAACACUCUACAACAACAGGAAACGCCGAUGGCUACACUAAGGCUACUUGUUCUUCUACUUGUUGGCAGAUUGUGUGUCUACUGUCUAUUUCCUGAGCAACGCUACCACAUUCCAGUAUCCAUUCCAGCAAAUUCUAAUGCACACUUCAAGAUUUUCAAUGCUUUAGAUGGCUCCUAUCAUUUUGGUUAUGAUACUGGGCUAAUGCAAUACCAGUCCUUCCGUGAAGAGUUUCGAGAUCGUAGUGGACGAGUUAAAGGGAAGUUUGGUUUCAUAGAUCCAAAGGGAAUUUUGCGGAUCACCGAGUACACAGCUGACAAGCAUGGAUACAGGACCAAACAGACAACUCGUUACUUGGUGAAAAAGGAUGAACCUUUACCCAUCAUUGGCCCAAUUCCAGGACCACUUAAUACAAGAAGAAGUCCACCACAAUGAUAAAUGACUGACCAUUACCUUCAUCAACAGUAAAUGGAUCAUUACUAUCAGUUGGCUUUGAUCAAAAUGUUCAAGAACUAAUUUUGUCACACAUAAAACAAAUAUUAAACAAGUGGUAUAUA